AAUACAGCACCUCAACCAUCUCCAGGAGAUGAAGGAGGGCAAGGAGUGGCACUAAAAAUAUCAAGUGAUGAAGCUGCCUUUUAUGGUUGUGGAUUUUAUGGGUCUCAAGACACACUUAAUGAUGAUCGUGGCAGGCAUUACUUCAAGGAUUGCUUCAUUCAAGGUUCUAUUGAUUUCAUUUUUGGAGAAGCUAGAUCACUCUACGAGAAUUGCACAAUUAACUCGAUAGCUGGGAAUGCACAAGGGGUGGAUGGAUCAAUAACGGCACACGGGAGACAAUCACAAGAUGAAAACACAGGAUUCUCCUUUGUGAAUUGCAACAUUGGUGGAAGUGGUAAAAUUUGGCUUGGUAGAGCUUGGGGACCCUAUUCAACAGUUGUGUUUUCCAAGACAUACAUGUCCGAGGUUGUUUCUCCUGAUGGAUGGAAUGAUUGGAGAGAUCCCUCUAGAGACUCGACUGUUUUCUUCGGAGAAUAUGAAUGCACGGGUCCAGGAGCAAGCUACGCAAAUAGGGUUUCUUAUAGUAAGCAACUUAACCAAAAUGAGGCAGCAUCAUAUUUGGAUGUAUCAUAUAUUGAUGGAAAAGAUUGGCUUCUUCCUCAGCAAAAACUUUCAUUCUACUCAAUAGACAGCAACAAAGAUGCUGAAUCUUUGUAGAAUUCAUAUAUCAUAACAAAUUUUACAUCUCGUACUCCGUAUUUAUCUUACAAACAUACUAGAGGUAUACUGUUUUUGGUGGAGAUAAUUGGAUGUAUGAACUCGUUCCUAUUGUGUUAAGGGUUACAUUCAGUUCUUUGACUGGGUUUUAACGGACGAUUUCAAGGUAAACUGUAAGUACGGUCUUUAAAUUUUAAUAAA